AUGGAGCCUGAAGCAGACCAACCCCCGAGCCUAAAGAAGAUGCACACGAAGCAGAGCCUCGACGAUGCCCACGACCUAGCAGCGCUCGGGCACGUCGAAGCCCUGACCCGCAAAUUCGACACCUGGAGCAUGCUAGCCCUCGCCUUCUGCGUCCUAGGAACCUGGUCCACCUUCGCCCAAGACCUCGCCUCUGGCCUAACCAAUGGCGGCCCCAUUGCCAUCCUCUGGGGUCUGGCUCUAGUGACAUUCUGCAAUCUCUGUGUUGCUGUGUCGCUGGGAGAAUUGACGAGCUCUAUGCCCACGGCUCUGGGACAGGCGUACUGGGUCCAUCGGUUAUGUGAUACGCCGUUUGGACGAUUCUGGAGUUAUAUGACUGCUUGGACGAACACAUUCGGAUGGUGGACGUUGACUGCGUCGCAAAUCGCGUUUAUGACGAAUUUUGUGCUGGGCAUGAAGACCAUGUUCGAGCCGGAAUGGGCUGGUGCUAGUGAGGGCUGGGUGCAGUUUCUGGUCUAUCUGGCCAUUACUAUCCUGUUCACCGUGGUCAACCUGAUCACUUGCCGUAAAGACCAAGUACUGCCGUUAUUCAACAAUGGGGUGGGACUUAUGUUCAGCGCCUUGUUCAUUGUCUUUUCUUUGGCUCUGCUCAUCAGCGUGGGAACAAAGGCAGGCUUACACUUCCAACCAGGAUCCUUCGUAUUCGGGAGAUGGAUCAAUCAAACCGGAUGGCCGGAUGGAGUUGUAUGGUUUACUGGGCUAGUACAGGCAGCAUACGGCCUCACAGCCUUCGACUCUGUCAUUCACAUGGUAGAAGAGAUACCAAACCCACGACAAAACGCCCCGCGCGUCAUCUGGCUGGCUGUGAGCAUAGGUGCAGCAACCGGCUUCCUCUUCAUGGUCGUCUGUCUCUUCUGCAUACAAGACCUAGAUACCGUGCUGAACUCGGGGCUGCCUUUCAUUCAACUCGUCCAGGAUGCAAUAGGCGCAAAAGGUGGCUGCGCCCUGAUCGCACUCUUCGUCUUCAACGGACUCGGACAAGGCGUCAGUAUUGCCACUACCGGCUCCCGACUUACGUGGGGUUUUGCUCGUGACGGCGGUCUUCCCUUCUCUCACUACUUUGAGAGAGUCGAUCCUACCUGGAAAGUGCCUGCUCGAGCCCUCUGGCUGCAAGGUGCUCUCAUCGCUCUGGUGGGCAUACUUUACCUGUUCGCCAGUACAGUCCUUCAAGCUAUUCUCAGUGUGAGCACCAUCGCUCUUACAAUCUCGUACGCAUCGCCCAUCAUUGCCCUCCUGGUAGCAGGAAGAGAUAAAUUACCACCAGGCGAUUUCCGUCUCGGCCCUCGCAUCGGACCCAUUGCGAACUGGAUCAGUGUGGUAUACUGCAGUGUUACGACAGUCUUCUUCUUUUUCCCCUCAUAUCCAAAUCCGGCACCAGCGGAUAUGAACUAUGCGAUUGCCGUGUUCGGUGUGAUGAUGGUCGUCGCCGUUGGUUUCUGGUUCGUGAAGGGCCGGAAGUCUUUCUUCAGGACCGAAGAGUCUGCUUUUGCACUCGAAUUGGCGAGGCAGGCGGAAGUGGAUGGUACAGAUGUGCCGCCUGCCAUCAUGAAGUAG